UCUGAUUUCCAUAGCCGUCCUCUUCGUAUUACCCUGGUUGACUCCAAAUAGAUAUGGAUGGCGGAAUGGGAGGCAAUGGCUCACCCGGCAUGCACGGUGGCGGUACUGGUGGCGGAAUGGGAGGCAUGGGAGGCAUGGGUGGCGGUACUGGUGGCGGUACUGGUGGCGGCAUGGCCCAAAUGGCCUUCUACUGGGGUGAGCGGCCUCAGAUCCUUUUCUUCGGCUGGCCCGGAAACCGUGGCCAACAUAUCUACAUCCUCGCUCUAUUACUCGUCGCUGCCGUUGCGGCCAUCAGUGAAUGCCUAUCCAUCCUUUCCCGCCGCUUUGCUCCACAGUCAUCCACCCGAGCAAGUUUCCGGCCUGCCUUCGGCCUGGCCCUUACCGCUGUCCACACACUUAAGAUGGGAUUGCUCUAUUUGGUUAUGCUUGCCGUCAUGUCCUUCAACGUCGGUGUCUUCAUUGCUGCCGUCGCUGGGCACGCCAUUGGAUUUCUUAUCGUCGGGAGCGGCGUGUUCAGGUGGGCCCGUGCUGGUGGUCCACAUGCCGAAGAUGCCAACACUUUGGGCAGUGCUGAUAAAAUUUGAGGAUGAAAAUAUGUGCGAAGAAAAUAUGUGCUGGUGUGUGCUGCCAUUCAUU